GGUUUGUAUUGACAGCUGUUAUCUCACAACCAUUUGAGACACUCUUUAAUAUAUAUAUCAUUGAAUUCAUGACAUCUUCGGCACAAAUGAGUGAUACAAACGACGAGAUGAGCGACACUUCCAGCGGCGGUGGUGUCAGUCAUACUCCUUCACCGCCUCCGCAGACGUCGACCACAUGUGUGAGCGAUGGUAUGCAUCCCUUAGCCAACACAUCCCAUCACCACAUCGACAGGCCUUCCUCUUCUGCCUCCACAUCGACGCCAUCGCCGACACCAGCGGUCGGCUCCGACUUAAGACAUUUGAGUCAAACGAUAAUGAAUUCGUUGCAAUGGAUCAACGAUUUCAGUCCAACCAAUAUAUUUCAAAACUUUUUGUCCACAAAUCCGUUCCGUCGGAGGAAUAGUAGUAAACAUAGUGUCGACCAAACCAUCGCUCAGAAGACCAUUAAGUCGAUGGUUGCGGCCGAAGACGACACGAGUGCCGAUCGACCAGUCGCUCACUUCUUGAACGGCACUCUUAUAGCGACCGCCAAAUCACUGGAAUUCAUAGAAUUAGCGAAUUUCGGUAUCGUUGAGAUCGACCACAAAGAGAGUGGUGUCGGACACGACUUCCAGUUGAUUGAGACCUUAUCUGCCAAUUGGUGCGACUCUUGCGGCGAAUUCAUGUGGUCAUCGGUGACCAGUAAUCACAACUCGGGCCACACUCUGGCGCAACACAAUUACGGCAAAUAUCUUCGGUGCUCGCGAUGCAAAUACAUAUGUCAUCCGCGGUGUCGCGAAUUGGUUCGACUCGACUGUCAGGGUGUGUGCGAAAAGCCGUAUCUCUUGCGGGAGAUGUCGCGGUCGUCGUCGCCGCUGUUCGCCGAGACGUUGGCCUCGAAAAUACAUAAAUACAAUGAAAAACGUCGGGCAAAGGGUUCGGGUCUGGGCAUCACAAUCAUAGACGAGUCGAAACAGUCAUUUCGGGGCUUUCUUCGCGUGCACCUCAACCUGAGUCGACCCAUUAAUGUGAUCUCUGGUCGUCGGCCGCCCUCUAUAUACGACAUCAUUAACGAAGAGGAGACCAACGGAACGCUGAUUAAACGGCGGACAUUGACCUCGUUUUACAUGCCUCGGGACACCGUCAAGAAUAUACAUAUCACGAGCGAAAACACUAGUCUUCAUGUGAUUAAAGCGAUGCUAAAGAAGUUCAAAGUUGUGGACAAUCCGCAGAAGUUUGCGCUUUACCUGCGAUCGCAGGACCCGGUGAACAGCGAACUCACAGUACUUAAGCGUAUCGGCGAUAACGAGAAGCCAUUACUUAUACAAUUGGAUUGCGACGAAGACAUGGAUGAGAAACAGGUUGUACUGCAGGAGAACGACACGGGAGACAUCGCUUGGGACGCCUUCGAGAUCCCAGAACUGAAUAAUUUCAUCAAAAUUCUGGACAGAGAAGAGAAGGAGCAUUUGGCACAAGUCUUCAUCAGGUAUCGAGUCCUGAAGGAAACCCUCAUGAAGUUGAUCGAAGCCGAAGAACGAGCCACAGGACAAUCAGAGUGUUAAUCAAUCAUUAAUAUAAUGUAUACAAUAAGACAAAACCAGAUAUCAAACUAUAUUUUGUAGUGCUUUUUAUUUAAUGCCUUACUUGUGAUUAAUGUUCUUAAAAUUGAUUUUCAAUGUGAAUUCAAUGGCAUUUAUACGAAUUUAUGACCAAAAUAUAUCGUAACAAAUCUUGACUGAAAUAUUAAAAUUCACAAAAUAUAUCGACACUUUGAAAGGAAACUUUUGAUGGUUUCACAGCCUUUAUCAUUGUUAUCGUUUAGUUUACACUUAUAUUUCUGUUUGUUUUUUCACCAAAUAUUUUCUGUC